GCGUGUUUGUUUGUUCCCCGCGGGAGGGUGUCAUCGUAUGUGUGUACAAUACCUACAUGAUGAAUGCGCGGGUGGUGGUGUUGUCUGCAGGUAUCGUAUAUUCAGGGCUAGAGUGAGAGGGAGGGAGGGAAAGUCGAACCAUCCUGCCGACCCCGCGUCAAAACAUCGAAUGAUGAUACCCGAGCGAUGGCCUCAUGUUUUCUUUUUUUCUUUUUCUCCCUCUUUCUUUUUACCCCUCCUCCCCAGUUUCGCUUUUUCCUUUCCGUUCCGUUCGUUUCCUGUCUUACUUUCUUCCGGAAGCGAAGGUGAUGAUACCUGCGGAAGCGACAUACUUCCGUACACGGCUGUCCGACUUAUUGCUACGGACCGCGUGGGGACUGGGUUCUUUUCCUACUCCCCUUCCCUUCCCUCCCGUUGACGGAUGGGAGCGGGGCCGGCGAAUUAUCUUGCCCUUUCUGUCGUCCCAGUUUUGCGGGAUGUUCGGACUCGGUGAAAAGUGUGCAGCACGAGUUUGGGUCGCACAACAUACUAAAGGACACUCGAAGAGGAGACCUAGGCCGUCAGCAAGCAUUGUUAUUGUUCCUGUUUCCCAAAUUUUCUCCCCAUACGGCUUCUCAGCGGGCGCAAUACCUAGGUACGAGAGUCUUCCUCCUAUCCCACCCUUCGGUAUUGUCUGCCCCCCUUCCGGAGUCACUGCUCCGGCCCGGCCGCACGCACACACACAGAGAGACAGAGAUAUAAGGAGGAGGGGAGAGAUAGAGGCCACUAAAGAGGCCCCUAUGCAUGUGCGGUCGGACGGCUAUGUAACGGCCCGCGCGGCGGCCCAUAUGGACCUUUCGCAGCGCAUCCACAGCGUUCCGCUCACCGAGAUUACUAUUACACCUGUCUGCUACUUUGCUACUAUGCUCACACACAAAAGGAACAAUGAGGUACGGGCAAAGCCCAUAGGGUACUUGUUGACUUGGCUUGGCUUGACUUGACUUACCUAAAGGUACUUAAGUGUUUUUUUUAAGAGCCUAGCCCUCUGUUUUCCGGUGUGGGAUUUGUGAAUAGGGUGGAUGGACGUCGUGUCCUCCGCC